GCAGCGCUCGCAGGCUGCACCGUACGCCGCUCGCUGCGUGGCAGCCCAGUACCCUGCGCUAUAUCCUCUCUCUGCGUGCUAUAGCUCAAUCCUACUAUCCGAGCCCGAGCGAUGUCUCACCGCCCACACCCACACCCGAUUCUCAAGCGGGACUCUUCUCCGUUCCGGACACCAGCCCUCCCGUUCUCGACCUGUGGCCAGCCCCUGUUCUCUCCCCACGUCCACUUUCCUCCCACUCCACGGCUCGUCGCCGGCACAUACCCCGCGCACUCGCCCACUACCUACGACCGCGCACCCAUCGCCGUCACGCCAAAUAUCUGCCAGCUCCCGCGCCGCGGCGAGCGCACCGUCCGCGCGCCGUCCCGCAGCGAGAACGUGAAGGGGAGCUACUUCCACCCGCGUGCGUACGAGGCGUGCAAACCCGAGCCUCUCAACGUGCCUGGCACCCCGUUCGCGCUCCCGUCGACGCCCCCGCUCAUCCAGGACCUCUCGCCCUCGGACGAGUCCGAUACCACCGUCACCACUCCCCCCGACCCCAACCUCACCGCGGCGAUGGCUGGGUGUCCCAUGCCGCUCCACCUACCGGCCACACCCGUCAAUCUCCCUCCGACCCGACGCCGUCCGCUCCCGGAUAAGGCAGAUGUGGGUUCUCCACCGCCCGCAGUGCGCUCGCCCCUUGGGGGGAAGACGCAUGGCAGGGCUCGCCGGCCAAAUCUCGUCCGUAAGGAGACGCGGCAUGAUGGGCGGACGGUCUCGUUCUCCCCCGACAUGGACGAGGGCUGCCUCGGUGGCUUCUGA